CUCCGUGUUUGCUUGUAGGUAGUCGUGACGGUAGUGCUGAAGUUCGUAUGGGAUUGCUGGCAGAUCGGUUUACUGCAGCUAGUAUUGCGGUAGCAAGUGUCAUUCUGCUUCUGCUAGUCAUCUUGUGUAUCUUGUGGAAGCGUGGUUAUCGUGUUAUUCGCGGCGGCGGCGGAGGCGUCGGCAAUAAUCAGCAAGAUGACGGUGGCGAUGAGGACCAUGAACGCAGUCGCGGUCGCCGCAGUGCUUCGGUGUGGUCUUGGAUGAGAGGAGUCUUUAAUAACAACAGGGACAACAGCAGCAGUGGCGGCGGCACUAACGAUGAUGUCAAUCGUCCGGGCAUGGGACUGGGCAGACAAGUUCAAGGUGGGCACGAUGGGCGUUGGGGUGGUGGUCGUGGCGGAGUAUCAACGAAUCCUAUCUUCAAUCCCGGCCGUCAGCAGCACCAUGGCUUCUCUCCAGUAGCCAACCUGAAUUCCAGGACACCGACUCGCCACAUGCCGUCCCCACGCCCUGCCGGAAAUAAUCCCGUGCUUGAUGAUAGAGUGAUGAACUUUGACGACGAUAGCGAUCACGACCACGACCACGACAACAACGAUAACAACUGCCGUGACCGCCAGCAGCAAGUUGCGGGAAAUAAUGCGCGAUUUCCGGCAGAGUACCGUGCGGACGACAGGGAAUCUCCCGUGUACAAUUCCCCACGCUCUAAUGUGUCACGAGUUAUUGUUUCUGCGGAAGUGCACGGACGCAAUAACGCCGAUCAAGAGCAGGACGAACAGGGCGAACACAUGUACGAAAAUGUUUUACUACCGGCUCUACCACUGCCACCAUCUUCUCCUAAUCGCUCUGUGAGUAUUGGCAGCGCAGACGAACUUAUGAGCGGAAACUCGUCCGCUCCUCCACCAUUUUCUCCACGGCACAAUGUCAGAAGCAGCAGCAUGAGCGCGCUGGAGGAAGUUCUGGAAAGGGAGGAAGAAGAAGAUGAUGAUGAUGACCAGCACCGAGUAGUGGUCCAUAAUGAAGAGCACGGGAACAAUUCGGUUCUGGAGCGGGAGAGUAGCGAACAUGAAGGCGACGGGAGCGGUGGACAGGAAAUAGAUGUGCAACUUCCUGAAGCAAUGGUGGCAAGCGGGCACCUGGGAGUACUGCGUGGUCGCGGUCGCGGUCGUCCUCCUGGCGGUGGCGGUCGUGGCCGUGGUUUUCGCGGUGGAUUUCAGGCGAAUGCGGUUUGGAAUCGACGCGACGGAAGUGGGUACCGUUUGGAACGUCGCUGA